AUGGGGUGCCCACCUGUGGAUGGAGGUGACAUGGGGUGCCCACCUGUGGACAGAGGUGACAGGGGGUGCCCACCUGUGGACAGAGAUAACAUGGGGUGCCCACCUGUGGACAGAGGUGACAGGGGGUGCCCACCUGUGGACAGAGGUGUCAGGGGGUGCCCACCUGUGGACAGAGGUGUCAGGGGGUGCCCACCUGUGGACAGAGGUAUCAGGGGGUACCCACCUGUGGACAGAGAUGACAUGGGGUGCCCACCUGUGGACAGAGGUGACAUGGGGUGCCCACCUGUGGACAGAGGUGACAUGGGGUGCCCACCUGUGGACAGAGGUGACAUGGGGUGCCCACCUGUGGACAGAGGUGACAUGGGGUGCCCACCUGUGGACAGAGGUGUCAGGGGGUGCCCACAUGUGGACAGAGGUGUCAGGGGGUGCCCACCUGUGGACAGAGGUGACAUGGGGUGCCCACCUGUGGACAGAGGUAUCAGGGGGUACCCAGCUGUGGACAGAGAUAACAUGGGGUGCCCACCUGUGGACACAGGUGACAGGGAGCCUCCACCUUAUUUCCUUCUGUAUUUUAUGAAUGUAGAAUGGUGCCUGGCUUUGGGGCCCUGCAUUAGUGUGUGGGCCGCAAGGCUCGGUAAUGAGGUGAACAUGAGAUUGCGGGCCUCAGUCCUGGCCUGUUUUGUGAUGGUGAUGAAUUUCUUAAUGGUUUUGUUCCUCACAGGUUUCUGA